AUGUACCUUGAAUUUGAUGAAGACUUUUAUCAAAUUUAGAAUUAUGUCAAAUAGGUAAAUUCUAAUCUAGUUGUCCUUCCUUAAGACAAUGUCGAAACAGAAAUAGAACUUUUUGAAAAGAUGGUUCUUCAAAUUAAAAUAUAUGGUUCAAAAAUCAUUGAAUUAUAUUAAUCAUUAGAUGAAAUCUGUCCAACUGAUAGAUAAAUAUAGGCCUUUAUCCCAUAAGCAAAGAUAGAAGCAAUUGAUUAUGAUCAAGUCUGGUUGGCUCUAAAUAAAGGAUUUGUAAAUGAUACUUAUAAAGCAAUGGAAUUGAUGUAAUAAUUAGAUUAUACAAUCAAAUUAAACCAAAGUUAAUAAGGGAAGUUUAUAGAAUUCUUAUAAAUUACAUGUAGAUGCAAAGAUAGAGAAUUGGAAAAAUUAAGUCAAUUAUUUCCAAAUCAAUAUCCAUAAUCUUAUUUUAAAUAGAUUGAACAUUUAACAGAAAUGUUACAUCAAUAUAGUUAAAUGGUACCAUUAUUAGUAUAAGAAAAUGAAAAUUUAAGAUAAGAUAUAGAAAAUACAAAAAGUAAUGAUAAUGAUGGAAAGAGCAAUGAAAUAAGUCAAUUAAGAUUGCAUUUACAAAAUAUUGAAAAACAAUUAACUGAAACUUAAUCUUAGAAUGAAUACUAUUAAUAAAUGAUAAAAGCUGAAGAAUAAGUAAGAUAAAAUAAAACAUAAUUAUAAAUGUUAUAAAUUGAUAAUUAAGAUCUAUUAUUUAAAAAUAAUACACUAUAAGAAGAAAUCAAAAAUUAUUAAGAUUAGAUAAAGACUUAAAUUGAAAGUUUUGAUCGUAUGUAAAUGGAAUAUAAAAAGAUUAUUUAAAAGAAAAAUCAAUAAAUUUAAGAACUUGAAGAGAGAAAUAAUUUAGAUUUAACAUUAAAAAAUAAUAAUUAAGUAGAUCUAGAUUUAAUUCAAUCUAAAAUUUAAUAAUUCAAAUCAUUAUAUGAAUAAAAAAUAAAACAUUUAACUGGAACAAUUACUCAUUUAGAAUAAGAGAAUGUUAAAUUAAAAGAUUUAGUUAGAUCUUCUGCUUUAGAAGUUGAUAGUUUAAGAUUGUAAAUAGAAAAGAUAAUAUCAAGUAAUAAUAAAAAGACAUUAAAAUUACCUAAAAAAUCAUAAUAAGAAUAUGUUUAAGUAUUUUAUUAAUUAUAAACUAUAGUUAUAUCAAAAGUAUUAAGAGGUUGUAGAAAAGAAUGAAUAAUUAAGUCAACAAUUAUAUAGUCAAAUAUUAGAUGGUAGUGUAUUAUCACAUAUUUGA